AUGUCAUCAUUUUCUGAGUCUGCGUUGGAGAAGAAGCUUUCAGAGCUCAGCAACUCUCAGCAGAGCGUUCAGACGCUGUCUCUGUGGAUCAUUCAUCAUCGCAAACACUCAUCGCUCAUCGUCAAAGUAUGGCACAGAGAACUGAAGAAAGCAAAAAGCAGCAGGAAGUUGACUUUCCUUUAUCUUGCCAAUGAUGUGAUUCAAAACAGCAAGAAGAAAGGUCCAGAGUUCGCCAAAGACUUUGAGACAGUCCUUGUUGAUGCUUGCUCUCAUGUUGCAAGAGAGGCUGAUGAUGGCUGUAGAAGGCCCAUGGACAGGCUGCUCACUAUCUGGCAGGAGCGCAGCCUCUACAAGGUAGAGUUCAUCCAGCAGCUGAAGCUCGCCAUCGAAGACUCUAACAGCCCCCAACACCAACCCACAGAAGAGAAGAAGGCCCCUAAACGGACCUAUCAGAAAAUCCAGGAGCUGGAAGAAGAGGAAGAAGAUGACGACUACAGGGGCCACAUGUCCCCACAGGAUUCAGACAUCUCAGGGCCACAGCUGACGGAGGAGCUGGUCAAAGCCCUGCAGGACCUGGAGAAUGCGGCCUCGGGUGAUGCUGCUGUGCGCCAGAAGAUUGCCUCUCUGCCACAGGAGGUGCAGGAUGUGUCCCUGCUAGAGAAGAUCACUGAUAAGGAGGCAGCUGAUAAACUGUCCAAGACGGUGGAUGAGGCCUGUCUACUGCUGGCUGAGUAUAACGGACGUCUGGCUGCUGAGCUGGAGGACAGGAGGCAGCUGGCGCGCAUGCUGACAGAGUAUAUCGGUAGCCAGAAGGAAGCCCUCACCGAGAGGGAGAAGAAACUGGAGGAGUACAAACAGAAGCUGGCACGGGUCACACAGGUGCGCAAGGACCUCAAGUCCCACAUCCAGAGCCUGCCUGACCUCUCUCUGCUGCCCAAUGUGACGGGAGGUCUGGCUCCUCUACCCUCUGCUGGAGACCUGUUCUCCACCGACUGAGCUCCCUGCCAUACCCUGCCUCUUGCCAGGGCACACACUGUUGCACCUGCUCUCUUGCUACUGAACCCUAGGGAGAGGCUCAGAGGGACAGUGGGAGCUUGGGGACAUCCCUGGUGGGGGAGACAAUGGCUGUUGACGAUUCUGUUCCACCAGCUUGGACAAAUUUCUCCUGUUUGUUUUUAUUGUGAAUGCCAGUCGAACGCCAGCUAACUGAUUCUGCGUUGGAAAGAAGAGAAGUGUUGGUCAUCAGCCAAUCCUCAUUUUUCUGCAUUGUUUAUGUGCUCGUAUGGUGGGAUGGUGGCUCACACACCCACUAGAUCUUUAUGAAGAGAUGCAUCUCAUUUAUUUUAAUGGCUUUAAAGUUGGUUGAUUUUUGUAAUGUUGGGGAGGGGGGUGUUUUUCUAUGUAGGUUAUAUUUUGGUUGUGACAUUAUUUCAUCUUCCAUUAUUCCAGCUCAACACUUUUCAGGUCUGUCAUCAAACAUGUUUUGCAUUGUCAUGCAUACCAAUCAUCAGUCAAUACCGUUACAACCAUGUGGUAGUUUUUCUCAAUCCAAUGUGAAAUAUUUUAGCCCUCAGACAUGUGGUUGAUAGAAGUUAUGAGAGCAAACGUGGGGCAGAUGGAGACACUGACUUACAGUCACUUAGAAACACGUGUCCAUAAAAUGGUCUUUGAUGAGUUCUGCUCUUUCCCAGAUGAUUGCAUCACUUGGUAUAAAUGUCAAACUAACUAGCAGACUGAUGCUUUUCAGGGCUAUGCUUUUCCACCAAUUAUUCAGACUUGACAGAGUAGCAGAAUCUGAACUGGCUCAUGGUUCAUUCUGUCACCACUGCAGUCCUUCCUUCCUCAGGAGUCAAUCGUUAACUCAGUUUUACGAUGGUUGACAAUCUGAUUUCUGCAAUCUCUUUAGUUUGGAUUAUGGAUCCUGGGAGAUAAGUGCUUGUCAAUGUUACAGAAUGCAGUAGGAGUAAUAGGAGGGCAUCUGCCCCAAGAAAUGAUGUUUUGCAGAUGAUGUACUAAAGCGGUAGUUUUUCAGUAAAAAAAAAAACAAA